CUCGUGUCGUGUCGUAUCCGCCCACUGCUGUCACUCUAGUGAGCAAGCAAGACAGCAAUGGCAGCGCUCAGCAAAAUAACGCACAACUGCUAUGAAGUCGGUCACACUUGGAACCCGUCGUGUAUGCAGUCCACCUUGGACAUAACGAAAGGCGCGUUGGAGGUCUCUUUCAAAAUAUACGCCCCUCUUUACGUGGUAGCAGCUAUUCUUAGGGGAAGGAAAAAGGAUUACUACUUGAAAAGGCUUCUUCCCGAGAUCUUACAGUCUACCUCUUUCCUCACUGCCAAUGGAGGCCUCUAUAUUUUCUUCUUCUGUAUUCUCAGGAAACUGCUGGGAGGCUUUUAUUCUUGGUCCGCUGGGUUUGGCUCGGCCCUGCCCGCCUCCUAUAUUGCUAUCCUUCUAGAGCGCAAGAGCAGAAGAGGACUUCUCACAAUAUACAUGACAAAUCUAGCAACAGAGACCUUGUUUCGCAUGGCCAUGACGCGUGGCCUCAUCAAACCCAUCAAACAUGGCGAGGUGCUCCUCUUCUGCAUUACUGCAUCCCUCUACAUGUUCCUCUUUAGGAGUAAAGAUGGCCUCAAGGGCUUUGCAUUUUCAGCAUUAAAAUUCAUCAUCGGCAAAGAAGAGAUCCCAUCUCACUCUGUUCUGGCCGAGCAGGUUCCUGCAACUCCCCGAGAGGCGUCGGCCGACUCGGAGACUGAGGCUUCGCAUGCCUCAAGAAUACAGCACUACUCAAGGAGCAACUCUUUGUUAGCCUAUGUCAGGAAACUGCUAAAGUCAUUAUGCCUACGAGGUCCGAAACACAGAUGUUGUAAACAUCAGAAUGACAAUUGCAUUUCUUACUCCGUUAAAGGUUUUGUGAGGAUGUUCAGCGUUGGCUACUUGAUUCAGUGCUGCCUUAAAGUGCCCUCAGCGUUACGCUACGUCUUCUCAAAACCGUCACGGCUUCCUUCCCUCUUCUACAACAAAGACAACUUCCAGCUCGGGGCUUUUCUAGGGUUUUUUGUUAGCAUCUACAAGGGAGCAAGCUGCUUGCUACGUUGGUUGCGGGAUAUUGACGACGAGCUCCAUGCUUUGGUGGCUGGGUUCCUGGCAGGAAUCUCCAUGUUCUUCUACAAGAGCACAUCGAUAUCAAUGUAUCUCUUCUCUAAGCUGGUGGAGACCUUGUACUUCAAGGGCAUCGAGGCAGGUCACUUUCCGUAUUUCCCACAAGCGGACACAUAUCUGUACGCCAUCUCCACCGCCAUCUGUUUUCAAGCUGCUGUGAUGGAGAUGCAGAAUCUUCGGCCUGCGUACUGGAAGUUUCUGCUGCGUCUUACUAAGGGCAGGUUUGGGCUGAUGAACCGACAGCUGCUAGAUGUUUUUGGCACCGAGGCCUCUAAGAACUUUCAGGGCUUUUCUCCCAAACUGGAUCCACGCUAUGUUUCGGCGCCCAGCCAAACGAUGCUACCAUCAGGAGGCGACGUUCAGCUUGGAUGGCGUGGGGUUUUGGUGAUCAGAAAUUGUGACCUUUUGUGAAGAAAUGUUAUUUGGAGGAAUAUCUUGUUCUUAUUUUUUUAGCCAAUUCUAGGUCUGAAGCAUUGCGCAAAAUGGCAGGAAUGUGACUAAAUCUAUUUAAGGCUACUCUACGCCCUCAAGGAAAUCUGGAGUCAUGAUUUAUACAUUUUUCACAUAAGGUUGUAGCAUUCCAUUACUCAUAUCUUUCUUUCUUAUGUUUUUUCCAUCUUGUUCCCGACUGAACAAUGUUUGUGUUUUAAUGGAACUGAUAAAACUAAUGUUGGUGUUUCAGCUAGGUUGACAAGAUUUCAACUUGAGGCUAGUAACGUGAAGCGUGUAGUCGAGUUUAAUUUAAACUCGUAGGUGUGAGUUUGGUGGUUUGACUAACCAAGCCCUUUAAUAAGGAGUACGGAAUAUACAAUUUUAUAUGCACAUCUAUGCACUUCUAAAAAUCAGAUUAAAUCCUGAGAUCCCACUAGAAAAAGAAAAAACAAGUUCAAUCAUGGUACCAUAUUUUUUUAAAGAAGUAAAUCCUUUUAAGGACUUAAAAAACAGGUUACCCUGGUAGCAAAAAGCUAACCAUCUUCCUACACUAAUUUCUGUGAGGAUUUUUUUAAUGUUUGUUUUAAGGCAUGUUUUGCCAUUACCUCCUAUUUCUUUGUUAAGCAUACAUGUAUAGAUACUCUAUUAAGAAAGAAUUAAGAGAAAUGACAUUGAAGUCCUAAGGGGACAUUUUAUUAUUAUUAUUUGCAAAUAAUUAGGUGCAGUGUCUUCCCACCUGUGAAAACCAAAUGAAUAUGUGGGGAGCUACGCAACUGCGAAAAUCAGUAUGUGAGCGAGCAACUUUAAUGUGAAAAACAAAGCGGCUCAUUGACGUAGUUCCAGCCCCAUACAUAAGUUUUCCCGCCUGUUACUUGGUAGCUAUGCUCAAUUGAGAUCUGCCAUUUCCAAAGCAAUGAGACCUGAGAAAUGUAAUAUAUUUUUUAAUGUUACCAACAAGAGACCAACAACAAAUUUUGACUUAGUCCAAAUAGAUGAAUUUCACAGCAAAUUAAACGUUUACCAUAUGUGCAAAGAUUUAUUUUGUAAUUUUACGUUGCCAUUUACUCAAUGACGCAUUUACAAUUCGUAAAAAUGUCUCCCCCACUGCUGCCGUGUGUGCCAAAAAUGAUGUAAUGCUUCAAAUGACUUCCUUGGCAUAUUUUACACGGUUGAAUUUUAUCCUCAUGUGUUUUCACAAGUGGACAACACUUGGUCAUGUAUGACCAGGCUGUGAAAUUUAAGUUUCUGAACAUUUUGCAUCCGGCACUCCAAAACGGCUUUAAACACACAUGACCUCUGUUGGAGAAUUCAUUGUUUUAAACAUGACUUUAUACUAACACAAUCUAUAUUACAUAUUAUUACACUAAGG